UCUUUAGUCCUGAAUGGGACUCCAGGAGAAGGUGCGACCUCCAGGGAUGAGAGGAGAGGCUGAGCUGGCAGUUGCAAAGAACGUGAGAGUAAACGAGGGCCAUGCAAAGCAAGAGGCGGAUCCGAGGGAGGACCGUAAAGAGAGCCCGGGGCAGAGGAGGAGUUCAGCUGGAACGCUCUACAUGCAGCCUUACCUGAACAGCACAGGCGUGAAAGGGAGUGGGGGGUGGAGGAAAGGGGAAGUACUAAGAAUGAGGAUGGACAGGUUGCCUUCAUUUCUCCAGGACAGCUGUGUGCAACAGUCGUCUCCGAAGGACUUACACUUGACUGGGGUAGAAACAUGGGUCAAGGAAGUUGAAGUCUGCCACAUUCCUGUUGAGGAAAUAACCUGUGAUGAUAUCAAAGAAACAGAAGAGAAUGCGACGCAACCUAAUGAGGUGGUCUUGCGGAGGCCUGCACAUGGGCUUUGGCUCCUGGGCGGUCGAAGGGCGCUGAGCAUGUUUGUCUUCCCGGAUGACCGUCGUACACAGCAAGGCACGAGGAACAACCACCAAGAAAGGUUUAGUAGACCCCACAGUGUUUGCAUGUUAGCGGCUCCCAACUCUUGCAGUCUUUCACCGCCUGCCUCUUUUCCCAACAGUCAAGGUUGUCCCGAUGUCUUCCAGCGGUGUAGGACGAGACGUGCCGAACUGCGUGCGAUAGACGGUAUCAAACCCGACAUGCCUCCAUCUUUUAACCUUCUUCCUCAUACACAAGAAGAACCUCCCAUCCGUCGGAGCUUGAAAAGCAGUGGCAAACCACGGCCUGUUAGCAUGACUGUUCUUGAGCUCAAAGAGUACAGGGAAGAACUCACAAGCCAUACUUCCACUUCUAGCUUGCCACGUCCAGGCUUCCGCUGGAAAUGGUUUGGACGUCAGACACAACUAAAGGACGAGAUGGCGGUGCCAACAUCGGCGAGGCAAAAGGAACCCGUUGUCAUCAAGGCUGAGGUACCGAAGACAACGUUUGGGUCAUUGCGACGGACCUUAAGCCUUCGGAUAAGGCGCAAUCGGAACCAAGCGGAGCAGGAGGAUAGAACCGGACGAAGACGCACUUCAAGUAUCGGAGAAAAAUCGAUGCAAUCCGCUCACCCGUUCUCUUAUUUGACUGGUAGGACGUUAGCUCCAACACAUGAGCAAGAUGAAGAGCAAGGAGCCACACAGUACAUUCAGUUCCAAACUCGGGGCAAGUUAUCGGUCAUGGAGGUCCCACUCCGUCCUGCCAAACUCACCCAGCCCACCAAACAAACUCCGUCAGAAAGAAGUUUUUGGCAGCUUAUUGCUAAUCGUUUUAGGAAAAAGGAGCCGUUGUCCGGCAACAGAUCUGAGAUUUGCUCUGAGAGCCAAAUGGUUGGCAGCCACCCCCCUGCGAGGAAUAAAAAGCCAGAUUCGGUUGCUAUAGGGACCCUACCUGGCACUGGCUUUCACAAAGGUCAAGACUCCUUCGUCAACAGUCAGGAAUGGACAUUGAGUCGAUCAGUACCAGAGCUCAAAGUGGGCAUCGUGGGAAACCUGUCCAGCGGGAAGUCGGCAUUAGUUCACCGGUAUCUGACAGGAACAUAUGUCCAGGAGGAGUCGCCUGAAGGAGGACGGUUUAAAAAGGAGAUCGUGGUGGACGGACAGAGUUAUCUUCUGCUGAUCAGAGAUGAAGGUGGACCACCAGAACUACAGUUUGCUGCCUGGGUGGACGCUGUGGUGUUUGUCUUCAGUUUGGAGGAUGAGAUCAGCUUCCAGACGGUUUACAACUACUUCCUGCGUCUGUCCAGCUACAGGAACGCGGCGGAGGUUCCCAUGGUGCUGGUGGGGACGCAGGAUGCUAUCAGUGCUGCAAACCCCAGAGUGAUCGAUGACGCCCGGGCUCGAAAACUGUCCAACGACCUGAAGCGCUCCACGUACUACGAGACCUGCUCCACCUACGGCCUUAAUGUGGAGAGAGUCUUUCAAGACGUUGCUCAAAAGGUCGUGGCCCUGAGGAAAAAACAGCAGCUCUCGAUUGGUCCGUGCAAAUCUUUGCCCAAUUCCCCCAGCCACUCAUCUGUGCCGGCCGCGUCCAUCCCCUCUGUACACAUCAAUCAGGCUGCUAACGGGGGAGGCGCGUUUACUGAUUACUCCUCCUCCGUUCCGUCCACCCCCAGCAUAAGCCAGAGAGAGAUGCGCAUCGAGACGGUGGCCGCCUCCAACACUCCCACGCCCAUCCGCAAGCAGUCCAAGCGGCGCUCCAACAUCUUCACAUCGAGGAAAGCCAGCGAUCAGACAAAGAGCAAUGAGAGUAAAACUGACAGUAUAGGCAGUGGAAGGGCCAUUCCUAUCAAACAGGGAAUAUUGUUAAAACGCAGUGGGAAGUCUCUCAAUAAGGAGUGGAAGAAGAAAUACGUCACAUUGUGUGACAACGGCCUGCUCACGUACCACCCCAGUUUACAUGAUUACAUGCAGAAUAUCCACGGAAAGGAAAUCGAUUUGCUGCGGACGACGGUGAAGGUGCCCGGGAAACGGCCUCCCAGAGCGGUGGCGACAGUCGCCCCGACAGCCAGCCCGAAAACCAACGGACUGACCAAAGACGGAAGCACCUUACAGCUUGGCAUUGGGGCAACAAGCACACCUCACUCAAACAGCAGCAGUUCUCUGCAGUCGGGCGGCUCGGCGGCGGCGUUGGCUCUGGGGAACAGUAAAGAGGGGAUGCACCAGAGAUCUUUCUCCGUGUCCAGCGCUGAACAGUGGAAUGAAGCAGUUAUCAAUACCUCCACAGCCAAUGGCGUGGCAGAUCCUCUAAGCUCCACCCCCAGCAUGAGCAGCGCCACAAGUCCCAAACUCGAGCCACCGCCGUCACCUCAUGCCAACCGCAAGAAACACAGACGAAAAAAGAGCACGGGUAUCACCAAACCAGACGGGUUUUCUGUGGGAAGUGAAGAGCAAGAAGAGUCUUUCGAGUUCAUUAUCGUGUCUCUGACCGGUCAAAUGUGGCAUUUUGAGGUAUCUACGUUUGAAGAACGAGAGCUUUGGGUGCAGGCCAUCGAGAGCCAGAUAUUUGCCAGUCUGCAGUCCUGUGAGAGCAGCAAGAACAAGUCACGGUUGGGAAGCCAGAGUGACGCAUUAACCAUCCAGUCCAUCAGGAACGUGAGAGGAAACAGCUUCUGUGCAGAUUGUGAUGCCCCAAAUCCGGAUUGGGCCAGUCUAAACCUCGGCGCUCUGAUCUGUAUCGAGUGCUCCGGGAUGCACAGGAACCUGGGAACCCAUCUUUCCCGUGUCCGGUCUCUUGACUUGGACGACUGGCCGGUGGAACUCAGCAUGGUGAUGAUGGCCAUUGGUAAUGCCAUGGCCAACACCGUUUGGGAGGGUUGUGUGGAGGGAUACAGCAAACCUGGAGUGGACAGCACACGGGAGGAGAAGGAACGCUGGAUCCGAGCUAAAUACGAGCAGAAGCUGUUCCUGGUGGGGCUCCCGCAGUCAGACGUGCCGUUGGGACAGCAGCUGCUCAGGGCGGUGGUGGAGGAUGACCUGAGGAUGGUGGUUCUCCUGCUCGCCCACGGCACCAAGGAAGAGGUCAACGAGACGUACGGCGACGGAGACGGACGCACAGCCUUGCAUCUGUCCUGCGCCAUGGCGAACGUGGUCAUCACGCAGCUCCUCAUCUGGUACGGUGUGAAUGUCAACAGCUGCGACGCACGCGGUCUGACGCCUCUGUCCUACGCCCUGCAGGCGGAAAGCCAAGAAUGCGCCGACAUCCUCAUCCAGCACGGCUGCCCGGGCGAUGCUACAGUCCUGUCCACGGCCACCCGACACAACAUCAACAACAACGCUCAGUCCGCGCUCAACCGUAGCGUUAGCAUCAUGUGAUCCCUCCGAAGGUUUUCUGUACCCAUCCUGAUGCUCCGCCCGUAGUGCCCUGUACCCGAGCCUUCACGUGUCUCACUGAAUUUGAUGUUCGCUCAACGUUCCCAUCAGUAUGUCGCAGGUCCAAUGUUAGAAUUGUUAGGAAUAUGUGUGCACAUCAUGUAAACCCAUUUUCCAACUACAACUCCGUGCAUUAUAGGGACAGUACAACUAAAGUCAUUUAUUCACCCUCAUGUCUUUCAAGAUCUGUAUGACUCUUCUGUAGAACACAAAAGAAGAUAUUCUGAGAGAUGUUUUAGUGUUUUUCUCAUAAAGUCAUGAAGGUUUGAAAUGUCAUGAUGGUGAAGAAAUGAUGAAGUAGACGAGCAGUAAGGACAUUGACGCUCAGUUGUUUCUGAAGUCAACUUACUUUUUUUAGGAUCUUGGGUGUGUAUAACAAAAAGGAAAUGUUAGGACAGAACGGAACAUUUCAUCAAAACUCUUCAAAUUUUAAGGUUCAUCAAUACUGAUGACGGUUAUGGAUUCUUGGUGUUCGGCCAUUUUAGUUUGCAUUUUAAGCCUAGUGAUGUUCAAAUACGUCUUAUGAAGUCGGUCAGGAACCCAUCAAAUAAAAAACAGUGACAAAAGCUGAACAACAAAUCAGUUUUCAGUUCAGGUUCAAACAUUAAAUAAUUGUGUCCGAGGAUGAUGCUCAAGGUCUCUAGCUGUUCAGAAACACAUGACGCUAUGGGGAAGUUUCCCGGACAAGGAUUAGGUUAAACCAAGACUAGGCCUUCAUUAAAUUAGCCGUUUUUACAAUCAUACCUUACAAAAGAAAACAUUACUGAUGUGCUUUUUGAGACAAAACAAUCACACUGAUGAAUUUGAGUUUUCGGUUUACACAGCUCUCACGUGUAUUUUAGUCGAGGUCUCGUCUAAACCCUGUACGGGAAACCGCCCCUGCUGAGGAAAACAUCAUCUGUUUGACAAAACACAAAUGCCACACUUAUUUCUGUUCUUCAUUUACUGACCUAACCAAUACUGUGCUACUGUAGAUGCCUUGUGCGAGUCAUUUCUGGACCCGUAAGGUCUCUUUACCGUACGACACUGGUCUCCUGGUGCUUGGUGCGUUGGACAGAACCCACGUGCUAGAAGACGCUCUUGCUGUGAACUUUAGUGAGCGUGUGUUUUUGUCAUUAGUGUGAUACCCUCCUCCGAAUGCGAGCGUGUCUGUUUUGUCUCCAUCACAAUCCAGAUGAUAACUCUAGUGCGAUCAAACGGGAUGGAUGAUGUGGAUCGUGUACAGAUGUGUGUAUAAAUAGCUUUCGUCAACCUUUUGCAGCUAGCUGUGUGUAGUGUGGCCAAUUGAUGGAUAAAAUGACACCCAUCACACCCAUCUGAAACCCUGACAGCCUUAACCCUUGUUUGCUUGUGUGUAAGCGUUUAGAAUCGGUGAGAAUUAACCGAGUGUUCACUCUCCUUACUUGAAAUAUAAAUUAGACCUUGAUGAAUAUUUUCUGUGCGUUAGGGUUGAACAGGAGCGGAAUCAGAGAGAUGCUCAACCUCUGUUUUUACCAGACAGUAUUUUAUGUUUAUAUACGUUUUAUUUUAAAGCAGGUACAAUUUUCUACUCCACAUGGAUUUGUAGGCGCUCGUGCAGCCCCUUUCGAACAAGCUUAGGGAGAAAUGACAUGGAUUUAAAAUGCAAGCCUGGUAUUUUGUUUGUAACAUCUACAAAAUGUUUUUUAAAGUCUGCAAUGCGAUAUUUAAUUGUAUUUUAAAAUUUUGGAUGGUACGUGGACUUGAUGUUACACGACAUGCACAACAACAUGCACGUCGCCUAAAUUUCUCGACAUGGGGGUCCGCCAACUUAAUGGCUUUCCAUAAAACAUUACGGAGUUUGAUCUUGAGUGAACAUGCAUUUAAGCAUUUUUGUUUUUUGGUGAUGACAUGAGGUUGGCUUGUUGUACUGGGAGGUUAAAAUGAUCAGCCGUUAGAAUGAUAACGUGCUUAAGUCAUAUACCAGAAAAAGCACCAUUUUAACAUUUUUUAAGAGAGUUGUUUUGGUACCUGAUCUUGGGUCUCAAUGUGUGCACAUUGUCUGGCCAUUAUGGUACUUUGUGUAUUAUAUGUACAUUUGACAUAUUUAUAAAAGCAAGAUGUAAAUAAUUCUUUUGUUGUUGCUUUUAUUGAGCAGUUUGAUAACGCCUUUCUUUUGUUCCUUUAAUUUGCCAUUGUUUUCUAAUGCUCCUCUGAAAGUGAUGGAGCGGUUUAAUGGGAGUUAUCUGUUGUGUGAUUGGAUGCUUGGCUGCCUAUUGACAUUAUAAACACUCCAAUAAAAUGAUUUAUACCAUGA